CUCCACCCGGCAGCAUCACCAUCGUUGUCGUCGUUUCUGCCUCUCUCUGCCUCUCUCUCUCUCUCUGUGUCGUCGUGUCGUGCUCCGCCCUUCCUCCGUUUUGCAUUUCCGUUGUGCUCGUGCGGCUCUUCAUUUUUUGUGUUUUGGUCCAGUGUCGCUGCAGACAUGUCUAUAACCCUGCAUCGCUCCUCCUCCUCGUCCCUCCUCCGCCCUGUGGCCCUGCGCCGCUCGCCGUCUCCCUGUGUUUCUCUCAUUUCCCUCACUUCCUCCCUCCUCUCCCUCCACCUGAUUCUGUUCCAUCGUCAUGCUACAGUUGCUCUAGUACCUUCCUGCCCAGAUCCAGUCCUGCCCUGCCUGCUGUCUUUUCCGGUGACCGUUUCCUCUCUUCCAUAGAUCUGUGCUUCUAGAUUCGUCUCCAUCUCUUCCCUGGCCAUGCUAUUUUUGAGUAUUUGUAUGCCUCCUCAGUUCUGAAUUUCGUUCUCUACCCUAACUUGUUUUUUGCGGCAUACGCUCCUGCAUACGACUCUUCUACUUCCUAGGUUCAGGUAUGCUUUUUCUUGUCACUUGCGUACAGCAGCAACUAAGGUCGGCUAUCUUCUAAUGUUUCCGAAGGUGACGACGUCAUACCUUUGGAUAUCUCAACAACACGGGCCAAGCAAGAAUGAAUUCUUCACUCCCCUUCACUAGCAAAUACGUCGACGCGAAAGUCGCUUCUUGUGCGAGCGGAGUGCACUUGAUUCUGCUCACUGCAAACAUUCAGUCGAUGAGAUGAAGGUGAAGAUGUACUUGGAAUGUGAGUGAGAGAACCGGGAAAAAUGUGAACAUCUUCUCACCAACAGUGGCCUAACUAUGGUGAGCAUUAUCAUAUGCUCGUGUCGGUGGCUCAAAGUGAAGAAUCUGUAGGCAGUUCUCUGUAGACUCAUUCAUCUUUUAGUUCUCACCAAGUGGGUAUAGGAAGGAAGAUGAAGUCGGAUGUUGCUCUCGACCAUGCUGUUUUCCAGCUUACGCCAUCUCGAAACAGGUGCGAGCUCGUGGUAGUCUGUGGAGAGGAGACAGAACGGUUGGCUUCUGGUUUACUAAAACCUUUUCUAGUUCACGUAAAAGCUGCUGAAGACCAAUAUGCAACUGGAACAAAAGAGAUCAAGUUGAAGCCUCCUCCUGGAUAUGGAUACGUUUCGAAGCCCGAGACGUCUGCGUGGUUUACCAAGGGAACCAUUGAAAGGUUUGUCCGAUUUGUAAGCACUCCGGAAGUGCUUGAGCGCGUUGGCACUGUGGAAGCCGAGCUUGUACAGUUGGAAGGAGCCAUUAAAGAGCACACAAUUGAAACUACGAAGAUUGAUGCGUCACAAUCCAGCGUUGCAGCUGGAGCGCCACCAGCAGCUGGCAGCAUUCUGUUGACAGCUACCACUGACCAAGCACCCACACCGACUCCAUCAAGGCGGAAUUCCUUAGAUGAGACCGAGAACCCUGCUCCUGAUGACAAUGCCAGCAUUGAUUCGCAUAGCAGGCGCCGCCUGUUGCGAGCCAUGGAAGCUCGGAAGAUGUUAUUGCACAAGGAGCAGAGCAUGGCGUUUGCACGGGCAACUGCGGCAGGGUUUGACAUGCAGAAAAUGGAACAUCUACUGGUGUUUGCAGAUUGCUUCGGUGCAAAUCGCUUGGGUGACGCUUGCGUUAUGUACACAAGCAUAUUUAAGAAGAGCAAGGAAUCAGGACUUUGGGACGAGAAUGAGUGGCCUUUAUCUGACACAACAAGCCUUCGGAAUGUUCCCACAAGCCCUGAGCUCAGACCACGAGAGUCCGACUUGUGGUCAGAUAUGCAUAGCGAGGCAGGUGACUUUAGGUUGGACGAACUCAGAGACGACGUAAGUGUCAGAUCCUAUACCAACUACUAUAGUGAGGACUUGUCACUCCGGGCCUAUUCUGGGGGAGAGAUUCUUAGAAAGUGGAGUCCUCUCGAGGGUAUGUUGAGUCCCAGUAGGACGAGGGACUUUAAUGGGGAGCUUUCGCGAUCAAGGGGAGGGUCGAAGCAAACAAGUUGGGAUGAAGGAUCCAGAAUUGCUCAGAGCCGAGAGGGAGCAUCUAGGCCAUAUGCCGAUGAUAGCUUUCUCUACCCCCAUGGGAGUUCUCGAAGGUUGCCUUCACUUGGUUCUCAACAUCCAGGCAUCAUAUAUAGUGGGGAUAAUACUAAUGAAUUAGGAACGGAUUUAGAUAGCACUAAUCGCGGCAGUCUGGGUCAACGUCAACGGCGUGCAUGGGGUCCUCCUCCUCAGUUCUUAGCCCAUCAGAUAUCUGUUGGUCUCAAGACAAAAAGUGGCCCUCUCUUGCCUGGAAGUGACAGUUAUCACAUGGCAGUGCAAGGGACCCCUAAUACCAGCAACGGUCUAAGUGCCUCCUCACACAGGAUUGGGGAAAGCCUUCCCAGCUGGGCUGCUGCUGCAGGCCAAUCUGAUCAGCCUUGGCACCCUGGCUCAACAGCACCUACUGGGCAUGGACUUCCCCGUCUGAUGGUGCCUAAAUUUCAAGCACAUGUGGUUGCAGGGAAUGGGCACCUGCAAUCAACAUUGAGUGCUGAACCUGUGAUCAAGCCUCCAGAAGCUAAUGGGAAUGUUCUUUCCUCUCCAGCAGCUAACUGGCAAGAGCACAAGCGUAGGCAGAGAGUGGAAGGGCAGGAGGCAGUUGGAAGCGCAACCCCUGCAUCUGUUGCUGCCAAUGGGAACAAGUUGGCAACUGCUAGAGAUUUGAAAAGUCGUCCAGGAGCCGGGAGGACUACUGAUCGACCCCAAAAUAAACAUGUGGUUCGAAGGGCCUCGUCACCUAGACGCCGCUCAUCUUCUCCAAUGCGAAGGGUUCAAGUAGGGCGGAAUACUAUGCGGCGGUCUGGAGUCAUGAUAGCUAAGGGUGUGAAUUAUGCUUCAACCAAGCCAGCUGGUAGCUCACAAAUUACUCCGAAGGAGUUGGAACCAAGUGAUGAGGAGACUGAUGAUGCUCCUGGAGAACAGAAUGGUUCGCUUCUGCAACAAGUUCAUGCUGAAGGUGAGAAACAAGGUUUCAGUAGGAAGGACGGGCUUCAAACGGACUCUGAUCAGGAUUCUUUUGCGAAUCUAGCUCACGAGUCUUUACCUGAUCAAAGUCCCAGCCGCGCACCUUCUGAAUGGAAUAGGUCAGUGGAUCAUGAAAUGGAUUAUCCCGAAAACGGUAGUGAGCAUAUGUCGACUGGGCACUCUGGAACUCUACUUUCACCCAAAGAACCUAAAGGACGAUUUUAUGAGCAGUACCGGGAAAAGAGAGAUGCUAAACUGCGGGACGAAUCGGAAUCAAGAAAGGCUGAUAAAAACGCUAAACUGAAGUCUAUGCAAGAGGUUUUGGAGUGUCGAAAGGCCGAAAUGGCUGCUCGCAAAGGAAGGGGUACAGCAAAAGCGAACUCUGAUGGGGAAGUCCGAGUUCUGGCAGAGAAAUUACGAAGCCCCAAGUCCGAUCUAGCGAAGAGCAAGAAGCUUAAGGAUGAUGAAGGAGCCAGACGGCUAGAUGAAAUCGGGAACCAGAGACGAGAAAGAAUAGCAGCCCGAAGUAGCCCUAGUCAUUCAUCGGCAGGGACGGCUUCUACUGUUUCCACUGCAUCAGCACUACGUGUCACCGUAAAGCAACCAUAUACGCCAACUUCCCAACCAGCAAUUAUUCCUACUCCAACGGUAACUCCUAAAGCGAAGCCCAAAGCCGCUCGAAGGUUAUCGCCUCCAAAAAAACCGUCUGUUGGAACUUCCCGAGGAACUGCGACCUCACCCGCAGCUCCUGCCUCUGCCCCGAAGUUGGUUCGGAGGCUUCAGACUUCACCUCAAACCAAAGAGGUUGAGUCUCCCUUGAGUAGAUCGGUGCCUUCCUUGGCAGAACUCCGGAAAGAGAACACGAAGCCCGCGUUAGUACGAAAUAGCACUUACAAUGAGCGACCCCGCAGUACAGGUAGUAAACUUCCUGGUAUGCGUGGUGCUCCAGCCCCUCUAGAACUCAACGGGAGCCUUGUUGGUCCCAGAGGAGCUGCUAUCGACGACAAGAAGCGACGUGUUGUUACGAAAAAAACUGGUGCCACAGCAGAAACUGUUGUCCCUGAGGCACCAGUUUCGGGGCCUCUCAAGGUUUCCAAAGUUUCUCCAGCUGAGCUAAGUGCUACAAGCAACCUCAACAAGAAACCUACACCUGCACCAGGUGCAAAUGUAGACUCUAAACCUUUUCUACGGAAAGGGAGAGGGAUUGGACCAGGAACCAACGUUCGCAAAUCUAAAGUAGCUGCUGCUCCCGAGCCUUCUAAAGCUUACGAAGAGGAGGUAGAGAAGCAUGUUUCUGACUUAGAACCCAAAUUUGUCAAGACAGAAGAUGGGGGUCUUGACGAGGAGGAUAAGGGAAUAACUGUGCGCUCAGAUCUUACUGAAGCAUCAGAAGCCUCCAUUGAGGAGGCAGCUGGUGUCUCGACCACACGACCUAGCGCACCUCCCCAAAGUGUAGCUUUGGUUGUAGAUGACGAUGAUGAGACAAUAAGGCCUGAGGAGUGGCAAGAACCUGAACUUGCGGAUGCUGUGUGCAGUUCUGAGGAUUUUCUUGACUGUAAGAGAGAUCAAGAAUCCAUGCAUGCAGAUAUUUCGCCAGAAAACCUGCACUUAUCAACGUUGAGACCUUUCUUGAGUGAGGGACUAGAGAACGAUUCUAUGGUGAAUGCGAUUCCCAGCGGCACUGAAACACCCCCGCUAAGAUCCUCUCCAAUACACUCCAUUCCUUUGAGGUCCUUAUCGCCCAAAGGCUCUGAAGUACCGGAAUUAUUCAAAUCCCCUCUAGCAUCAUCUGGUGAUGCUGCAACAUCGCCUCGGGUUACUUUUUCAUCCGUUUCAGACAGUUUUCCUUCUCAUGAUGUUCCAAGUUCUGAAAGUGCUGGGUCAUUGUAUGCUGUGAACCCUGCCCCUCUUCCUCCAAUUCAAGUGCUUCUUUCUCCCGAAGUCCUGACAAAUUCAAGGGUUCGUAAGAAGUGGCUUAGUUCCCAGAAGGUCUCGACCCCGUCUACUGUGAAGGAAUCUCCACGAGGUUUGAAAAGGCUAUUGAAGUUUGGAAUGAAGAAAAAGGAUAAGAGCAGCGCUGCUUCGACAACAAGUGACAGUCUCUCGGAUAUUGAGGAUGACUUGGAUAUUAUAAGUGAGCAUGGUGGACGGACCGAGGAUCUGCCUCAUAUUGGAGCGAAGAACCUUGGUUCUCGAAUGCCUGGAAAGGCUUCUGGUCUAGUAGGACCUCCCGCGAUUCCCGAGGAUUCUACAACUGAAGACGGAGUUGCUGGAACCCCCUUAGUUUCAAUACCUUUUGUUAGAAAUUCAGUACCCACAGCACCAGCACAUUAUAAGACGCGGGAUGAACAUGUUGCCGGAAGUGGCCUCUUGAAAGCACCCCGAUCGUUCUUCUCGUUGUCAUCUUUUCGGAGCAAAGUGAAGCAGUAAGAGGAGACGCCGAAGCUUUACUUAUCUUGGCGAGCGGGCCACGUUGUAGCAUAAAAAUGAGAGCCUUAUGUUAAUGUAUUUCUUGGAGGUUCUGCCUGGCAGUGACUUUCAAGGAUCUCUCUGACCAGCAGGUCGUUACCGAGUCCACCAAGUAUAUUUAGAAAGUUAACUCUCGCUGGAGUUCGUUGGUGCGCUGUUGCUCAAGCGGAUACUGGAUUGUUCCAGGAUAUUAGGACGUUGCUGCAGUCCUCCAAGAAGUUCCGCAACCACAUUCGCAAUUGCAUUGCGAGGUCAAUCUGCACUAAUGCAUGAAUUGCGCAUGUGGUUUUUUUAGAGUGUGUUAACUUAAUUUUGUGUAGAAAUUGAUACCAGCUCUUGGUUGCUGGGUUUUACAUGGAAUGUAAAGCAUGACUCUCAGCUUCUUGUGGCAAGGCUCUCUAUCAGUCUGCCCGUUGCAUCAAAUUGAUGAUUAUAGUAAAAUUUCAUGCCCCUAUUAGGGACUUGAGAAUCAUUGUUAACCUUU